UGCCACGAAACUUCUUCUUAUUUUAUUGUCAUUUAUUUAUUUCCUCAUUUAAUCCGGCUUAGAGCAUAACGUUUUUGUUAAAAAAUGUCUUAUGCUGGUAAGGUGGAGACUGAUGUUGAAAUCAAGGCUCCUGCUGUGAAGUUCCACGAAUUCUUCUCGCAGAGGCCACACCAUCUAUCCAGUAUCAGCUCUGAUAAAAUUAAGGGUUGUGAUUUACACGACGGUGACUGGGGAAAAGUCGGCUCUGUCGUCAACUGGAAUUAUGUCCACGAUGGGAAAGCUAAGGUUGCUAAGGUGGUAUUCGAAGCCAUAGACGACGAAAAGAACUCGAUCACUCUGAGAGUUGUAGAAGGAAAUCUUCUGGAGCAUUACAAGAGCUUCAAGAUCACAGUUCAAGCAACUCCAAAAGGGGAGGGCAGCGUGGUGCAUUGGACUUUUGAAUAUGAAAAGGUGCAUGGCGAUGUCACAGACCCACAUACGUUGCUCCAGUUGGCAGUUGAUAUCACCACAGAUAUUGGUGCUCACCUUACUGCCUAAGCUUGCAUAAAACGCCUAAGGCUCCCAAUCUGUGUGUUGCUGGCUGUUACUCUAUCUGAAAUGCGCAUGUAUAAAUAAAUGAUUUGGAGCCAUCAUCUUUCCUAUCAAUCAUAUGUUUGUAUGUUAUAAUUGGGGUUAUGCCCUAAUUACUGGCUUUUAUAUACGUCCUCCUAUCAAAUUAUUAUUAUUAUUAAUAAAUGAAUGAUAUGUGUGUA